AACGUCACCGAACGUAAUAAAGAUGGCUACCGAGAAAUUGAAGAUUUGUGAUGUUGAGAAAGAAAUCAAAGAACUUGAGGGACAUAGCGAAUCAAUGGAGCAAAUCAACGAAGAAACGCAGAAAGCUAUAGAAAUGUUAACUUCAGGAAUAAUGACUGAAUUUUUGCCAGAGAUGGAUGACAUGAAAAGUCGUAUAAAAGAGCUAACACAGAACCAAGGGAUACUUAUUGAGACAAUACAACAAGAAAAUACCAAGUUCUUGGAGAGUCAUGAAGCUAAGGCACUUCGUGAAGUAGUAUCACAAGUUCAGAAGUAUAACAACAAAUUAAAAAAAAUUCAUAAUGAUAUGGGAGUGAUCAAUGAAAGAAUUGCUAGGCUAAAGAGAAGAGCUCACAAAUUAAAACAGCACAAAGAAAGAGAAGAAAAAAUAAAACAAGAUGCAAGAAAACGUGAACAAGAAAUUGAACAGGAACUUAUUGCCAAACCUGCAACCAAGCAAAAAUCGUAAACUUAAGUCAUUAAAUUGUAAAGACAUUCAAUAUUUCAGAAAGUAUGUGUUGCUCAGCAAAGGGKAAACACAAGGUGCACACACUGUCAAUAUACCAAAAUUAACCAAAAUUAUUUGAGAUUUUAGUGAAAGUGUCAGCAUUUACAGUUGUUUUUGUGUGCACUAAAUUUCCCCUUUUCAAUGAAAAAAAUAUGGAAACAWAAGAGCAUUUUUGAAAGAUAAAACAAAUAACUAAAUUGAAUUAUCGAGUUAUCUAUUCAGGGGGAGCCUUCUGGUUUGAAAUUGAUUGUUAUAAAUUUUGUUUGCUGAAGGUACUAUUUUUUGGCAAAAUUUUGGAAAUAUUCAUUUAUUUGUUGCAACUAGUUGGUUUUGUACAAUUAACAAAUUUAKUAUCACACUCAUCAGCAAGUUACAGUCAAGACUUUUGGAAAACUGUUAGUAAUGAUUAAAUCAGACAUGGCUGCUACUAGUAGGUUACAGUUGCAUUACAUAAUUCACAGGGACUAAAGCUUCAAGGGAUCAUUUACAAAUGAUUAGGAACUUUUCACUGAGGUACACAAUUGCAUUUUUGCUAUAUUAUAAUAGGGUUUACAUUUUUCAUUUUUAUAACUACAGCAAAGUGAGAAUUUUCCAAUAAUUACAUAUUUGCACUCUU